GGCAUAAACGUUGUUUGUGAAAAAUAUACGGGCAUGUGCUGCAAUUCGUUUUCGCACGAAAUUGUCAGCGAAAUCGUUCUGAUAUGUGCUGAAUUUCACUGAUCCGUUUUCGUUUUCGAACAUCAAAUCGCAACGAUUUGGCAUGUGCCAGAAAUCGAAACCGCCAUUUGUUUUCCAUUUUGAAAUCGUGCAGCUGCGGGCACGCGAAUUUAUUGAAAAAUUGAAGGAAACAUUAGAAAUGGGCAAGCAUAAAACGCCAAGGCAAGACGAAACUUUUUUAAGUUUUAUGCAGCAGCAUCCUGACAUUGCCAAAAAUUAUGUCAAGGGCGACCGAGUGGCAGCGGAGGCUCUUUGGGCAGAACUAGCCAAAGAAUUAAACAGCCAAGGACCACCACAAAAAGAUAUCAACGGAUGGAAAAAGGUUUGGUCGGACUGGAAGGGCUGCGUACGCAAAAAAAUUGCACACAACAAAUCGGAGACAAGAGCUACCGGCGGAGGUCCCUUCAACCAAUUUGUCUUAAGCUGCACUGAAGAAAAAAUUGCAGAACUUUGCGGUCUUUAUACUUGUGUAGAAGGUAUUCCACAAAGUUCCUCAUUCGGUGUACAAUGCGACAAUAGCAAUGAAUCAUCUGAUGACGAAAAUCCCACACCGAGUACUUCAGCGGUUGCAACAAGAACGCGAAGACCAAAUUCAAUGCAAGCAUGUAUCAAAGAACACAUGGCCACGGAAGCAGGUGCGGUUGAUUGUAUAUCUGGAACGUUAGGGAAGCUCCUGGAAAGUUUUGAUGACACCAAAAAUAUUUUGAAAGAUAGCAAUGGUGCAGUGAUAAAAUCGAUGGAAAAGUUAUGCGAUCUCAUUUCAAUACAGAACUCUCUUACCGCAGAACAAAAUGAAAUUUUGCGUCAGCAUAAUUCCAUAAAGGAGAGAAUUGGGAAAGAAAAAAGUGAUAUGAAGAAACGCAUGUUGGAGAUAGAGGAAGAAAAGUGGGAGUGGACGAAACGUGCAAGAUAAUUUUAAUUUAUUAUUUUUUUUUUAAAUACUUAAAAUGUUAUGAGAUCUCGGCUCUCUUUGGGCCUCUUUGUUUAUUCUGUAGUAGGAAAUAAAACUGCAAGAAGAUGUUGUGUUUUAAUUUUUAAUAGAACGCCUUGCGCAUGCACUUACACAGGCUCUGGAAUAUCCAAAGGAUUGGAGUGGUCUCUUAAAAGUCGUCGCGCAACCUUUUCAUCACUUUUCCAGUUCAUUUGAUUCAAUAAAUAAGCAGAAA